GCAAAGGGCAAAAGUCUUGGUGACCAAUCUUUGGUGAACGGCUAUGGACUUGUCUUGUACGCUUCCGUGUACUAACGAAAAUUUCUCCUAAAUUUCCCCUACAAAACCCCACCUCUGCAUUCCAGUCUCUGCCACAACUCUGCAAAUCGCUUCUCACGUGAUUCGAAACCCUGACGUCAAGAAGAAAUUUAUUAUUUUGCAAUGGCCGGAAGAGUAACAGAAAGACAAAUAACACCGUCAGUUGCCGCAAUUUUGUGCGUUGUGACGCUCAUGACUGUGGUGGGAAAGCACACGGCGUUUGCACAGGCGAGCUGUAACAGUGCACUGGCGAGCUUAUCGCCGUGUUUAAAUUACGUGACGGGACAAGAUGCGGCGCCUAAUCAGGGGUGCUGUAACGCACUGGCUUCUGUCGUGAAGAACAAGGCCCUCUGUCUCUGUCAGCUGCUUGCUAGUAAUAGUUCGUCAAUUAACAGAAAUAGAGCUCUGGCCCUGCCAGGAGAAUGCAACGUUACAACCCCUCCUGUCAGCCAAUGUCAAGGUUCCGGAGCUCCUAAUAAUACCUCCCCUGCUUCUAACGGCACAGGCACUCAAAUUACGAAGGCUAGGGGUUCGAAUCCCUCUAGUACCAAUGAAGCUUCGGGAAUCUUCGUCCUCUCUUCCAUUAAUGUCGUGGCUAUUUUAGUUUUCGCUGCAUUUCUUUCAUGGUGAUCUGAAGCAGAAGUAGCCUUGAAUUCUGAUUUCAAAAGGAUUUGGAGUCUGCUGCAGGGGCGACGAGGGAUUAGGGUUCUGAUAUAUAUAUUUUUUUCUUAAAGGAAUGUGGAUUCGAUAUUGGAAAUUAGGCUUGCAGCAUUCCAAAGUUUGAGUUUGAAUAUUUAGAAUUGUUAUGAUUUUGCAUCGUAAUAGAUUUUAAAUGAUUGAAUUAUUCUAAGUGUCUAAAGU